ACAAAGGAUAAAUGUAACAAAUACUACGUCGUUUCACACCAGGCAAAACGCUUUUAUGAAUGCGCUCUCUGUGGCAUCAGAUGGUUCGUUGAACUGCAUCUGGAAGACGACGUUCCAAGCCUCUCUCUUUCUGUCGUAUUUUUGUAACAGACUAGUUUUGUGGCUGCCCUGCUUUUUCAGGUAGAGAUUGCUGAUCCUCUGUUUGUUUCCUUGAUAUGAGUAGAAUUAUUAAACAUUCAAACAAUUUAUCUUCAGGAUGGUGUAUGUUAGCAAGAAGGUACAGUUCAAGUAAACCCACCACUGAAAUCUCAGAUGCAACAAAAAAGAUAUGUAAAAUCAUGAUGUCCUCCCCAGCAGUAACUCUUGAUACUGCCCUUGACCAAAAUGGUAUUAGGGUCUCACCAGAAAUAGUUGAGGAUGUCCUCAAGAAAUUUGAGAAUGCUGGUAUGGUGGCUUAUCGAUUCUUUGAAUGGGCAGAGAAGCAACAGCAUUAUACACAUAGUAUUAGGGCUUAUCACACAAUGAUAGAGUCUCUGGCCAAAAUAAGGCAGUAUCAGAUCAUGUGGGAUCUUGUAAAUGAGAUGAGGAGAAAGAGAAUGCUAAAUGUUGAAACAUUCUGUAUCAUUAUGAGAAAGUAUGCUAGGGCUCAAAAGCUGGAGGAAGCUGUUUACACUUUUAAUGUCAUGGAAAAGUACGAUGUGCCCCCAAACUUAGUGGCAUUCAAUGGCUUGCUUAGUGCUUUAUGCAAAUCUAAGAAUGUGAGGAAAGCUCAAGAGAUUUUUGACCUUAUGAAGGAACAAUUUGUCCCUGACUCAAAAACGUACAGUAUCUUGAUUGAGGGAUGGGGAAAGGCUCCAAAUCUGCCCAAGGCAAGGGAAAUUUUCAGAGAGAUGGUUGACGCAGGUUGCCAGCCUGAUAUCGUGACUUAUGGUAUCAUGGUGGAUGUUCUUUGCAAGGCUGGAAGGGUUGAUGAAGCCCUUGGAAUUAUCAAGGAAAUGGAUUCCAUGGAUUUUAAGCCAACAUCAUUUAUUUACAGUAUUCUGGUUCACACAUAUGGGAUAGAAAACCAGAUAGAAGAUGCUGUUGAUACAUUCCUAAGGAUGGAAAAGAAUGGAAUCAAAGCUGAUGUGGUUGUAUAUAAUGCUCUGAUUGGCGCUUUCUGUAAAGUAAACAAGUUUAAGAAUGUGUACAGGGUCUUGAAUGAGAUGGAUUGCAAGGGUGUGAAACCCAAUUCAAGAACAUUAAAUAUCAUUAUGAAUGGUUUAAUUGGCCGUCAAGAGACUGAUGAGGCUUUCAGGGUGUUCCGCAGGAUGAGCAGGCUAUGUGAACCAGAUGCAGACACAUUUACUAUGAUGAUAAAAAUGUUCUGUGAAAGGUAUGAGUUGCAGAAUGCUCUUAAGGUGUGGAAAUAUAUGCAAAAGAAGCAAUUUGUUCCAAGCAUGCACACUUUUUCAGUGCUCAUAAAUAGCCUAUGUGACAUGGGUGAUGUUUCUCAGGCUUGUGUCUUGUUAGAAGAUAUGAUAGAAAAAGGAAUUCGGCCUCCAGGCAAGACAUUUGGAAGGUUAAGGCAUUUGCUUAUAAAGGAAGGAAGAGAAGAUGUAUUGAAAUUUCUUCAGGAGAAAAUCAACAUCCUGGUCAAGGAGCCCUUAUGGGAUUGAUGAACCAUGUUCAAUGAACUAAAAGGCCAUACAUUAUGUUGAUCCAGCCGUGAGAAGAUUAUUCAUGGACUUUAACAGCAAAGAUCAGUUUGUGCAGGGACAACUGAUGUAGGGAAAUGAAGCUGAUAAAGAGUCCAAGAAUUCUUCUUUGAUCUUCCAUCAAGGAAAACAUGCUACUGCUGGAAGUGCCACAUGGAAGAAGAGGUUUGGCAGCUCUAGUGAUGCGGCAAAAGAACUCCAGUGCUAUGGACUAAUGGGAAAACAAUAAGGGAUGAAAAUUUUCCUCGUGACACAGUGAAUAUGUAAUUUGUGGUGAGGCAAAUUGAGGCUCCCUAGAAGCCGUGCCUUUUCUCAAAGCGAAAUCGAUUGUAUAGCUUACACAUACCUGUUAAAAGAGGUGUGGAAUUUGGUUUUAUUUAUCUAAGUUGGCCAUUUGAUUUGAUUA